AGUCCCGAAAGCAGGCAGGGGAGUUCCAUGGUCUCAUUCAAGAGCUUCGACUGUUUGGAGAGGAAUUCCGACAUUACUUUCGUCUGGACCGAAGCCAGUUCGAUCACCUGCUCCAGAUGGUUGGAGCCAGGAUCACCCGGGAGUCCAUCAGCCCAGUUGAACUCCUGACGAUUUGUCUCCGAUUAUUUUCGACAGGGGACUCCUACAGUACCAGUGGAUUCAGCUUCCGAGUUGGACGGUCCACGGUGGCAGGCAUUGUCCCCUCUGUGGCACAAGCCAUUUGGGACUGUCUGGUUGGUGAAUACAUGCCUGUCCCCAAGGAGGAAGACUGGACGACCAUCACUGCUGAGUUCCUGGAGAGGUGGAAUUUCCCCAACUGUCUUGGCUCCAUUGACGGUAAACAUGUAGUAAUCCAGGCUCCACCGUGCUCAGGUUCGCAAUUCUACAACUACAAGGGUACAUAUUCCGUUGUACUCUCGGCUGUAGUAGAUGCAAUCUACUAUUUCCGUGUUGUCGAUGUUGGUGCUUACGGCAAGGGAAGUGAUGGCGGGACCCUCCGGGACUCUGCCUUCGGCCAGGCACUUCAGGAUGGCACCCUGGAGAUUCCAUCACCCGCAUCACUCACUGGGGCUAAAGACCUGGGACCUGUUCCCCACGUCUUCGUCGAUGACGAGGCCUUCCCUUUGAGACUCAACCUCAUGAGGCCCUACACUGGAUGCCAGCUGCCAUUGCCAAAGCCUGUAAGGAUCUUUAACAAACGACUGUCCGGGGCAAGGAGCCGUUUGGGAUGGAGAUUGGAAAGCCAAAUGGUCACCUACCUGAUGUCUAACAACGCCCCUAGACAGGAACUCCAGGUGAGUGAGAAGCUGACCACCUACUUCUCAUCGCCAGAAGAUGUUCACAUGCAGGUGGACACAUGGAGGAGAGGAUAAUUUUCUCAGUAUCCUCAAAACCAUGUCUUUUUGACACAACUGCUGACCGCUACUGGGACAUAAACACAACAAAAUGCUGCUUGGAGACAAGUGUCCAUGAUAGUAGGAUUGCCAGAAGAAGACUGUAGGAGGAAGUGGAGAGGACUCGGGGACAGGUAUCAGAGAGAGAGAAGGGCAGCGAAAGAGAAGAAGAGGUCUGGGUCAGCAGCUUCAGCAGCCUUGGCGCUUCUGCCACGUUCUUUCUUUUCUGGAUCCAUUUAUUGUGCCGAGGGCAACGAGUGGCAAUUUUACAACCAGACCCUCUACUACGUCAUCCACAAGUGUUGUUGUCGCCACCGGUGCAUCAAGACCCUCAACGUCACCUACAAGUGUGACCAUCGCCUCCACCGGUGCAGUGAGACCCUCUACAAUGUCUACAUCAUCCACAAGUAUGACCACCACCGGUGCAGCCAUGGAGAUGAUGAAAUGGAGGAAGCACCUCUGGAUCUAGGACCACCUGAGAUUAUUAUGAACCUCAUGGAAGUAACCACUGAGGACCUUGUUGAACAGGAUGUAGCCGUGGAGAGAAACAGAGAGAGAAACGAAGAGGAACAACGUCACACCAGGCGUCAUCGGAGGUACUAGCCCCCCAGAUCCACUCAACUAAUUUCAGCAGAGGCUCCUCCAAGCCGUCGAGAGGGAUGCAGCCCAACCCGAUGCUCACAGGAAGGAGGAUGAAGAGGCCCUCUUUGCCAUGAGCCUGGUGCCAACACUGAAGAGGCUGCCUCAGCAAAGAAAAGCAGCAGUCAAGGAUAAAAUGUAUCAGCUGCUUUUCAAGCCGAGUUCAAUGAAAUGGAGUCAAUUUAGCCGACCAGCUCACCGGAAGGACAGGAAGAAGAGAUGAGUUGUCUGGUUGUUGUUUUGACCUCCCUCAUUGUACCUUUCUUUUCACACACGUCAGUUCCGUUUAAAUUCAGUCAAUUCAUAAAGUAAUUUGUUUAUAAAGUCUUAGGAUAGCAUCCAUUAUUAGUGUUACAUAGAUUUCUGAAUUGACACAAUUGAAACUCAUACACCGGAGAAUUCACAGAUGCUCUUGUUGGUCUCUUACAAGACUAAUGGUGAAUAUAUUUCUUCAAUUUAAAACCACUUGAAAACCAGGAUGUUGAAACAGUUUGUGAAGUUAUGUUCCAUCGACUGGUCCAUGACGUCCAGGGGCCAUUUGUUUGUUUAGCUGUGUUAUGGUUACACAUUGUUUUCUUUUUUUUUAGAGACGGAGACACACACACACCUCUCCUCCACUCCUCUCUGUACCUCAGAUCUCUCUCUCUCUCUCUUUAUGGCCAUGUCGGAAGUUCCCCUACUAUGUCUAGGCUUAAUGAGUAGUCCCUGUAUCAGUCUGCUGUUGUGCUCUUGUUGUUCUCUUACAGAUUACAGGCUACACAUUCAUUUUUUAAAUUGUUUUUUUACACUCACAUGCACCUCUUUCAAUAGUUACAGAAAAAUAAACAUUUUUACAACACACAUACCUGUCAUGUUCUUUCCUGUACUUGAAUACUUAUU